AGGGAAAACGAGCAAUUUUUCUUAUAACAAUUUGGCGAGCCAGGCAGGAGUUUCAGUUGCCCAGAUUCUGGGGGCGAGGAAGGAUUGGUGAUCCAGCGCACACCAGGCCAUUUGCCAGGAGGAGCCACCAGUUAUUUCCAGACCCUGAGAUCACUGGCAUUUCAGCAGGGCUAACCAGAGGAAUCAAAGUUCAAUGAGGCCGGCCUUAAACAACCAGUCAAGAGAUCUCGGGAUUGCCAGGAACAGCACAUGCGGAAGGGUUUGUCUCCUGCAUUGGGCAAUCUUCCUCCUACCUAGGGGCACCCCACCUGUAUCUCUGUUCCUGGGCAAUCUGUUCUAAUACAUCAAAGGCGUCUGGCCCUAGGUUAGUAAGAUAACACAGUCAUCCUAGAACACGGGUGCUAUAUAAGAAGAAUUCUGAAGCCUGCAAAGCAACAGCCAUGGAGAAACUUUAUGUCCAGAGUGUUCUAGUGACAGGAUCCGAUCGGGGGAUUGGCCUGGGGCUUGUCAGGCAAUUCCUGGAGAAGCCGAACCCGCCAGAGUGGGUGUUUGCCACCAGUCUGGAUCCUGAAGGACCUAGUGGGAAGGAGUUGAAAAAGCUGGCUCUGGAUCAUCCAAACCUGGUGGUGCUGCAGUUAGAUAUCCGAGAUCUGAAGAGCAUUGAGGCUGCUGUGCAGAGAGUCGAGGAGCACGUCAAAGAAAAUGGCCUGACAUUGCUAAUAAACAAUGCUGCCAUUUUGAUCAAGUUUACCUGCUUGGGUAAUGAAACAGCCAAGAACAUGUCCGACCUGUACAACACAAACACUGUGGGAACCUUGCAAGUCAGUCAGGCCUUCUUUCCCUUGCUGAAGGUUGCUGCCCAAAGAAACCCCCAAGAAGGGCUGAGCUGCAGCAAGGCAGCCAUCAUCAACAUAUCCAGUGAUUUUGGCUCUCUGGAGAAAAUGAGUGGAUGGAUCCUCUCUCAAGUCAUCUCCUACCGCUGCAGCAAGGUUGCUGUGAACAUGCUGACCAGGUGCCAGUCCUUGGAGUAUGGUCCGUUGGGGAUCCUUUGCAUCUCCAUGCACCCUGGCUGGGUGAAAACUUCCAUGGGGACAUGUCUGAUGCCAACUACAGUGAGUGAGAGUUCCAGUGGGAUCUUGAAAGUGCUUUCUGGUGUCACUGAGGAAGACGCAGGGUCUUUCCUUGACUGGAAAGGGAAUGUUCUUCCUUGGUGAGAAAAUGAGUCACAAAUCAUGGGCCUCCAUCCAUCCACUCCAUGUGUUGGCAAUAAAACACAGAUAAAGCUACGUGAA